CUCUGAGCUAACGCAACCGAAUCUUGCCUUUAAUGUUUACCAUCUUGCAAGUCGACCAAAGACCACACACCACUGACGCGCCUUCUAUUCUACAUUUGCAUGUGCAAACACGCCUUCCCUCAUAUCUAUUGACAACUUCUGCUACGCCCGCUCAAUUCUGAAGCAUUUCUGAUUCUCGAAACGCUUCGCGACCGUAUCAGCUGUCCCGUGGCUAUUGUCGAGUCCUGAUCCAACUUGCGCGAACCUCAGCCGACUUCCCCACGCGACAGUUAGUGCCCGAGGUCUCCUCCCACCUUGAACUUUCGCCCACCUCCAAGCCUUAGUGACCCGUAACUUGUCACCACUUCGGCCUCGACCUCUUUUCGCGUCCUCUACAUCGAGUUGCCACACAUAUAUCCCUCAGCCGGCUUGCAAUUCGCCCGCAUUGCUCGACCUUACACACCCGCAUAGCUCGACCUUAAACACAACGCGAGCUACGCAACCGUCAAAAUGCCCAUGGAUAUCGACACGAGCCGUCGCAACAAGGUCCCCCGGCCUCUUUCGGACAACGAGCGGGCGCGACUUGAGGAAUACAUCGAAUCGAUUCAAUACUCUGCCCGUUACUCGGACAGCGAGUACGAGUACCGGCAUGUCCAGCUUCCUAAGGUGAUGCUGAAGGCAAUCCCAAAGGACUAUCAUGACGCAGCACAUGGCACGCUGAAGUUGCUGUGGGAAGACGAAUGGCGUGCCAUCGGAAUUACGCAGAGCUUGGGAUGGGAGCACUACGAGGUUCACGAGCCAGAGCCGCAUAUUUUACUCUUCAAGCGACCUCUCAACUACCAACCGCCCCAGUGAUGCCCUCACCGCAGCAUUAAGACAUAGCUCAUUCAUGCGCCUUGGGUUUCUCACCUCAACUCCCACCCCUCACCUCAUUGUACGAUAUAUCCGACUAUUG